AAACCACCAACACCACCACCAAAACACGUGGAAAAACAUCUGAAAGUGGAAAGAUUUAAAGAAACGCAAAUAUCUCCACAAUGGCGGGGGGGAACACACUGGUGGAGGUGCAGAAGAAGGUGUCAGAGGUGGGGGCGUGUCUGAAGGAGAAGGAGAAGGUAAUAACACUCCUCAUUCACCCUAAAUAUACGGAAAAACAGCUGGAAGGAGUCAAGGCGGAGCUCUCUCACUUAGCACGAAGGCAUUGUAAGGAGCUGGGGGGCACGGUGGUCGCUUAUGACAAGGUGCGUGUGGUGUCAUCGCAAGGUUGGCUCUUCGACACAAACCCUUUCAUUCACAUCAGAGUUACUGCAAAAUUUUACGUCUUCUGCCCACAGCCCGGCGAUGUGCUCAAAGCUGUAGUCCACAAGAAGGCUCCUCACCACCUGGGCUGCCUCGCUCACGGCCUCUACAAUGUGUCAGUGGGCCGCCCCCCCAGUCAGCCCAAGGACGACUGGGGGGGGACGCUGGCCAGGGAGGGGGACACGCUGACCCUCUCUGUCAUCUUCACCAGCUUCACAAAUUACCACAUGCCUUAUAUCAGAGCUGCCCUGCAUGAUGAUUGUGUCGCGGAACUGGUGGCGAGAGAGCAACAGAAAACGGAGGAGGAAGGGAAGAAAACGGGAGUCGCGGUUAACAAGAGGACGGUAUUUGAAGAUGACAGUGGUAUAAGCAGCAACGAGGCGGAAGAGGGGAAGAGGAAGAAGAAGGAAGAGGAAGAGGAAGAGGAGGAGGAGGAGGAGGAGAGGAAGAAGAAGAAAAAAGGCAAGAAAAGAAAACGAGAGGAGGAGGAAGAAGAGGAGGAGGAGGAGGAGGAAGGUCACAGGGGGUCAGAUUUAAAGGUCAGGGCAUCCAGGAAGAAGGUACUGUCCCACAUUACCCUAAAAACCCCCAAAAAUCCCUGA